AUGAUGAAUAAAGCACAGCAAAGUGAUGAAAAAGAUGAUAUUUUAAAACAUUUAGUAUCCAAACAUCAACAAUUAACUCAUCAUUUAUCAAGUGUUUCUUCGCCAAUUUCAAGUGUAACACCCAUUACGGGUAUAAAUGAUUUAAAAAAUCAUCGUAGUGCAGCUGAUAUAGAACGAGAGAAACGAAUUGUUUCUAGAGUUGUUAGUAUUGUUGGAUUAAUCAUUAUUUUAUUGUGUGCGGUCAUCGUGACAUUAACACUUAAAAUGGCACCAAAAAUUGAUGAAUUGGUACGAAGGAAAUCGGGAAGUAAUUUAAUCCAUUUUCCUAGUAGUCGAAUUAUGACUACAUUAACAAUGACAUCAACUAUGACAACGACUGAAUUAUCAUCGACAAGUAAUUUGACAAAUGCUACUACUACAUAUCAAUCUCCUUUAUAUAGAAGAUCAAAAAGUUAA